UCCAGACCUCACAUCUUCUACUCCACAGCCCAACCUCCAGAAGCACCAUGACGUGCGGAUCAGGAUUCUGCGGCCAGGCCUUCAGCUGUGCCUCCGCCUGCGGGCCCCGGCCUGGCCGCUGCUGCAUCACCGCCGCCCCCUACCGCGGGGUCUCCUGCUACCGCGGCCUCACAGGGGGCUUUGGCAGCCAGAGCGUCUGCGGCACCUUCCGCUCUGGCUCCUGUGGACGCAGCUUCGGAUACCGCUCAGGCGGAGUGUGCGGACCCAGCCCGCCCUGCAUCACCACCGUGUCCGUCAAUGAGAGCCUCCUCACGCCCCUCAACCUGGAGAUCGACCCCAACGCGCAGUGCGUGAAGCAUGAGGAGAAGGAGCAGAUCAAGUGUCUCAACAGCAGGUUCGCUGCCUUCAUCGACAAGGUGCGCUUCCUGGAGCAGCAGAACAAGCUGCUGGAGACCAAGUGGCAGUACUACCAGAACCGCAAGUGCUGCGAGAGCAACCUGGAGCCGCUGUUUGAGGGCUACAUCGAGACGCUGAGGCGCGAGGCCGAGUGUGUGGAGGCCGACAGCGGGAGGCUGGCCUCAGAGCUGAACCACGUGCAGGAGGUGAUGGAGGGCUACAAGAAGAAGUAUGAGGAGGAAGUUUCUCUGAGAGCAACAGCUGAGAAUGAGUUUGUGGCUCUGAAGAAGGAUGUGGACUGCGCCUACCUCCGCAAGUCAGAUCUGGAGGCCAACGCAGAGGCCCUGACCGAGGAGAUUGACUUCCUGCGGCGACUGUAUGAGGAGGAGAUCCGUGUCCUCCACGCCCACAUCUCAGACACCUCCGUUGUUGUCAAAAUGGACAACAGCCGGGACCUGAACAUGGACUGUGUCAUUGCUGAGAUCAAGGCUCAGUAUGACGACAUCGCCAGCCGCAGCCGGGCCGAGGCCGAGUCCUGGUACCGCAGCAAGUGUGAGGAGAUGAAGGCCACAGUGAUCCGUCACGGGGAGACCCUGCGCCGCACCAAGGAGGAGAUCAAUGAGCUGAACCGCAUGAUCCAGAGGCUGACCGCCGAGGUUGAGAAUGCCAAGUGCCAGAACACCAAGCUGGAGACUGCUGUGAAGCAAUCAGAGCAGCAGGGUGAGACAGCCAUCAGUGAUGCCCGCUGCAAGCUGGCCGAGCUGGAGGCCGCCCUGCAGAAGGCCAAGCAGGACAUGGCCUGCCUGCUCAAGGAGUACCAGGAGGUGAUGAACUCCAAGCUGGGCCUGGACAUCGAGAUCGCCACCUACAGGCGCCUGCUGGAGGGCGAGGAGCAGAGGCUGUGUGAAGGCGUUGGGGCCGUGAAUGUUUGUGUCAGCAGCUCCCGGGGUGGAGUCGUCUGUGGGGACCUCUGUGUGUCAGGCUCUAGGCCUGUGACAGGCAGUGCCUGCAAUGCCCCCUGCAGUGGGAACCUGGCGGUGAGCACCGGAAUGUGCGCUCCCUGCGGCCCCUGCGCCCCCUGUGGCCCCUGCAAUUCCAUUACAUCUUGUGGACUGGGCACUGGAGGAGUGGGCUCCUGUGGCAUCAGUUCCUGCGGCGUAGGCUCCUGUGUCAGCAGCUGCCGCAAGUGUUAGGUGUCCCAGCUCAAGCCCCGACCAGCAUCUCUCCCUCCCAGCAGGGCCUGGUCCAGCCCUGGGGGGAGCAAGCACUGGGUUAUUUCUCCUGCACUUUGAAAGGUCCAUCCUGCUCCUAGACUCCUCUGUGUAUCUGUGAUCACCUCUUCCUAUGCUCUGCCCCCACCCA